CUGUGCGCAUGUACUUUCCCAGUCGGUUGCCAACAUGGCGGCUCGGCGAACGGGAUUACUGCUAUUCCAACGAUGUAAUUUUUGUUCGAGAGAAACACUCAAGCGAAGAUUUGGCUCUACUGUGUGCAGUUUUUCAAGAAUUGGAAAUAAUUUACUGGUUGCGUCACGUAGAAAUGGAAUUUUCUUUUUGUCGGCGUCUUCGCGCAAGAUUAACCCCUCAUUUUUGGGAGCGAUUUCGUCUCAUAGAGAAUUUCACACGUCAGAUCCAACUUACAAGAAAGAUUACUACAAAAUUCUUGGAGUACCACGUAAUGCAGACCAAAAGGAAAUAAAAAAGGCGUACUUUAAUUUGGCAAAAAAAUACCACCCAGAUACAAACAAAGGUGCUGAUGCAGCCGAAAAGUUUCAGGAAAUAAGUGAAGCAUAUGAGGUUCUGAGUGAUGACAACAAAAGGAGUACAUAUGACAAUUUUGGAACUACAGAUUUUAGUGGUGCUGCAGGCGGUAACCCAUAUGGUGGUGGAAAUCCUUUUGGUCAAGGCAUUGAUCCAGAAGAUAUCCUAAAAAACUUCUUUCGUGGAGGAGACAAUCCCUUUGGCUUUGGGACCAGAAGUGGAGGAUAUGGCUCUGACUUUCAAGAAAUCCAGCAGCAUGUUCUAAACCUGUCUUUCAUGGAUGCUGCCAAGGGUUGCAAUAAAGAUAUUACAACAAGAACAAAAGUAGUAUGUAACAGAUGCAAUGGCAAACGAGCAGAACCUGGAACUACUUAUUCGCAAUGUCCCACUUGUAAAGGAACUGGAGAAGAAACAGUUAACACUGGAUUCUUUCACAUGAGAUCAACCUGCCGGCGCUGUGGCGGCCAGGGUGUUUUUAUUAGCUCACCAUGCAAGAAGUGUAAUGGAAAAGGAAGAGUGAAUGAGACCAAGACAAUUACCAUCCCAAUUCCUGCAGGAGUUGAAGAUGGGCAAACUGUCAGGGUGCCAGUUGAAGCUGGAGAAAUAUUUGUAACAUUUAAGGUCAAUGAGAGUAAAGUGUUUGAAAGAGAUGGAGCAAAUGUUAGUUCUACAGUGACAAUCAGUUUUACACAGGCCAUUCUGGGAGGCACAAUACGUUCUCCUGGUAUUCAUGGAGAGAUUGAAAUCAAGGUGGGUGUAAGUCACACAGUCAGGGAUAUCUUAAUGAAGUUAAUGUGUUUUGCUAUGAUUGCAGAUGUUUCAAUAAUAUAUGUGCUAGUCACUCUAAGGGGGUUAACGUUGAAUAAACGGUGCUUUUUCCUCAGAUACCUAAAUGAGAAGCAAAAGGCUUUAGUAUUAGCAUAUGCCGAGCUUGAGGAUGAAGUCAGCGGCACAGUAAAUGGAGUCGAUAAAUCAGCAAAAGACGCCCCACCCAGCCAAACUUGGCAGGCGUAUGAAACAUCCACCGGUGGAAAGACGGCGAAUGAGAUUGAUCUCGAAGAAGUCGUCAAAAAGAAGCGCCCCUUGGGUCGGUUUAUGCCUGACGGAUCAUGGGAUGACGAAGACCCGGAAGGCAGAGCUCGACUCGCGAGACGGCAGUUUUUGAGAAUAGCGAUGGUCGCAUCGUUCACUAUAGCUGCCUAUCUGUUUAUGCAAAUCAUCUUGCUGGGGGUUGAAGCCCGCGAGUUUGAUUCGGAGAACGCUCAUUGUGACAAUUUAGAAAAUGGAAGUUGACAAUACAGUAGU